GUCCAUUUUAAAUAAACCGUUCAUUGCCGAAGGUGGCGUCGUUUUUCGCAGUACAAAAAUUGAUAAUUAUACAGACAAAAGCAAAUUUUUCUCAAGAAAUACAAACGUUUCUUCAACAUAAGCAUUAAAUAUGACAUCCACCGAAUUGAAAAUUGGCUUGGGUACCAGCGCUCGUCCUUCCAGUCGCGUACUGAAGCCUCCAGGCGGUGGACAUACUAACAUCUUUUCGGAACCCGAAGUAGCUGUUAAUGCACCGCGUUCCAAAUACAAUCAACAAAACUCUUCCAAUAUGAACGCAUGCAUAGGCUCGACAGAUGCCAACAAGGUUGUGGAGAAGCUACGAGAUGAGGUAGCCAGCCAAAAGGAGGAGCCAAAGCCAGCGCCUGUCAGCCAGCCCAAAGAAACAACCAAUGGCAACAAGGCGGCGACAAACGAACCGGCACGUGGCCGUGUUCCACCCGGCGGUUACUCAUCAGGAGGUUUUUGGUAGAAGAAGAAAGAUGGCUAAGCUGUGUGGCUGUCACGCAUUUACUGACGCUCUCAUACACUCAUGCAUACACACAAACACACCAAGCAUCCUCAAGCCCAUUAUACAUUUAUAAAUAUAAAUCGCUUAAUAUACACUUAUAUAGCCUAUACAAUAAUAUUCAUAUUUAAAAUCGGCUUAUACGCAAGAUGCCUAAAAACGUAAGAUGAGAGUUAUGCUUUAUACCAACCUCUCUUUAUCCUGCUCUCUGAUUUUUGCAUUUAAUGUUUUUGUUUUUGUUCUAUUAAGCAAACUAUUUAAUAACGUCAUACGCAAUGUUUUAAACUUUAAAUGACUUCCGAAUCCGCCCUAACGUACCAUACAAAUAUGGAAGAAGCCCAACUUUGCAUUUGUACUUAAGUGUUCCAAUUGAAAAUUGUAAUAGUCUGCAAAAUUUGUUCUAACUUCAUUUCUAAUUACAUAUAU